AUGGCGCAACCAUCCAUCAUAUUCUACGAUAUCCCGUCCUCUUUGGACCCUCAACCAUGGUCGCCCAAUACAUGGAGGACGCGCUACGCUCUGAACUACAAAGGCCUUGCAUACCAGACGGUAUGGGUUGAAUACCCCGACAUUGAGGAGGUUUGCAAGAAGAUCGGGGCAGCGCCCACCCGCACGGUUGCACCUCUCUACACGCUUCCGGUCAUCCAUGACACUUCAACUGGGGUUAUCUUGUCUGACGGGCCCGCAAUAGCCGAGUAUCUCGACAAGCAUUACCCGGACACCCCCAAACUAUUCCCAUCGGGUACCGUCGCGCUGCAAUACGGAUUCAUCGCCGCCCAUGCCGACGCCAUAACGUCUCUAUUCGUCUUCGCGUUGCCGAAAGCCAACAGCAUCCUUAACCCGCGAAGUGAGGAGUACUUCCGGCGCACGCGGGAGCAGAUGUUUGGAAAGAAGAUGGAAGAGCUCACGCCCGUGGGGGAUGCGCGUGUGGCUGAGUGGGGCAAAUAUAGGGACGGGCUUGGGAAGAUCGAUGGGUGGAUCAAGAAGAGCGGGGGUCCCUUCGUCAUGGGUGAUACUAUUUCGUUCGCGGACGUGACGAUUGCUUCUUUCCUCGUGUGGCUGAAGAUCAUGUUCGGGGAGGACAGUCAGGAGUGGAAGGACAUCGCGAGCUGGCACGAUGGUCGUUGGGAUGCUCUGAUCAAAGCUUUUGCAAAGUAUCAACAUUAA